AUGGCGGCAGCAGUGGAGGCCUUCAGCUCUAGCGAUCGUAAGUAUCAUAACACAACCUCAGCUUACGUCCUUCCAAAUGAUUCCGUUGAGCAGAAUCGUCUGGAUGCACAAGCGGCUGCCAUUGUUGAGAUGAUUGGUGGCUUCCCUUGUCUGGCUCCCAUCCACUCCAUGACCAACGUGUCGAAGGUGGUUGACGUUGGGUGUGGUACUGGCGUUGCAACUGUGCAAUUGGCCAGCAUCUUUCCAUCUGCUAAAGUCUACGGCCUCGACAUUUCGGAGGUCCCCGACUCUGCGCAGAAAAUGGCUCCAAAGAACGUUACUUGGGCUGUGGGGAACGUUUUGGACAUCGAAUAUGACAAGCGGGAGAACGACAGUCAGAAACCACGUAACGAUAGUGUGAUGAGCCAUGAAAUCUUUACUCCCGGUGAACUCGACUACAUCUUCGGCCGGAUGCUUUUCCUGGGUAUCAGCGAUUGGGCACGAUACUUUUCCACCACGGCUCGCUCUUUGAGGUCUGGUGGAAUCAUUGAGCACCAAGACCUGGACUGGAAAUUCUACCGUGUGGGCACGUCCGAGUGCCUGAGCGAUAAGUGGGAUUGGCAUAAGCAUGUAGUUUCGGCGGCUGAGAAGUCUGGUCUGUCCACCCAUGCUGGUUCUGGAGCAGCUCCACUUAUGAAAAAGGCCGGCUUGGAAAUUGUCAGCGUUCAGGAGUUUGAGUUCUCAUUCGUCCCGUCGAGCAAGACACCCAACAGCCAAUCUAUGGGCAGAUAUGUGCAGGCGAAACUUAUCCCACAAUACCCUGAACUGCUCCGUAAAAUGCUGGGGGCGGAAGGUAUCACAGGAGAUGAGCUCAGGACAUUGACUGAGACUGCCCUUCGUGACCUUGCGUCUGAGGAGGGUGUGCACCAGAAAUACACUGUUACCAUUGGAAGGAAGUCUUAG